GAUUGCUUUUGUUGCAUUUCCUGUUCUUAUCCUAAGACAUUUUGUUGCUCCUUAGUCUGAGUUUAUCACAGGCUGGAGGAUAUUUGCCAAGAACACCUUCUACGACAUCUCCCCCUCCCAGUUUCUUUGAGAACUGAGAGCCUAUAAAAGCUGUGAUUAACUGCAAAGAAUACUAUUUCAGUUACUGACACAAACGGUGUUGAGGGUCAUCCCCUGCUUGUGUUAAUCACCUCCACAGUGUGAUCCUCCAUAUAGGACAGCAUUUAAUCUGGCAUUAACGUUCUCUUGGAACAGUAAGCAGCACUUGAAUGAAUUCCAUGUAUUUAUGAGAUUUGUUUGAAGAAAACAAGCACCUCAUUUUACUUUUGCUGUGCACUGAGUCGACAAAGAAUAUUAUCACACAAUGUUUUGGUUCUUCCUUCCUGUUGGAUUAGCAUUUCUUGCACAAGAGACCAGUUGUUUUAUUCUACCUAAUGUCACAGACCUGGAAGCCAUAUUAAAGAAAUAUCAAGAGCCACAUUCUAGAGGUAAACGUGCCAUUGCCAUCUCGGAUAAACUCGAGGUGUUAGAACUCCAUAAUAAGUUACGGGGUGAGGUGUACCCUUCCGCUUCUAACAUGGAGUACAUGACCUGGGAUGAUGAGCUGGAAAAGUCUGCCGAAUCCUGGGCUCAGCAAUGUAUUUGGGAUCACGGACCUGCAGGGUUGCUUACGUCGAUCGGGCAAAACUUGGGCGUACAUUGGGGAAGGUACCGCUCCCCUGCCUACCACGUUCAGUCCUGGUAUGAUGAAGUCAAAGACUACACCUACCCCUAUCCCCAUGAAUGCAACCCGUGGUGCCCCGAACGGUGCUCAGGGCCUAUGUGCACCCAUUAUACACAGAUAGUGUGGGCCACUACUAACAAGGUUGGCUGUGCGGUACAUGUGUGCGACACAAUGAACGUCUGGGGAGAGAUUUGGCGUAAUGCUGUCUACUUUGUAUGUAACUACUCGCCAAAGGGAAACUGGAUUGGAGAAGCACCUUACAAGAAUGGCAGGCCUUGCUCAGAGUGCCCACCCAGUUAUGGAGGUGGAUGUAGGAACAGCCUCUGUUACAAAGAGGAAGGAUACGGUGUGCAGCCAGAAACUGAUGAAGCAAAUGAGGUAGAAACUCCUCAAGUCCAAGAGGAAACCGUGGUCUGGGUGCAGCCAAAACCAGAACCAGAACCCAAACCCAAACCAAAGCCAACAACUCCUAAAAAGGAACCAGUACUUUCAAGCACCAAAUACAUGACUCAAGUCAUAAAGUGUGAAACCCGAAUGAGAGACAAGUGUAAAGGCACUACAUGUAACAGGUACAAGUGUCCAGCAAACUGCAAGAAUAGCAAAGCCAAAAUAUUUGGAACUCUUUUUUAUGAUGCGAUGUCUAGUGUUUGCCGAGCAGCAAUUCAUUAUGGUAUAAUUGACAACAAUGGGGGCCUGGUGGACAUUACAAGAAAUGGAAAGAUACCUUUCUUCAUAAAGUCUUCGAGAAAUGGCAUUGAUUCUCUCAGUAAAUUCAAGCCUGCAAAUUCAUUCAUGGUUUCAAAAGUAACAGAACGGACACUGGACUGUUAUGCUACAGUAGCAGAGUUGUGCCAGUAUGAAAAGCCGGGAACACACUGUCCAAGGUUCUACUGUCCCCCCAAAUGCAAAGAUGAACCUUCAUACUGGGCAACAGUUAUUGGCACAAAUAUCUAUGCUGAUAAAUCUAGCAUUUGCAAAACCGCAGUGCAUGCAGGUGUUAUCGAUGAUGCUUCAGGAGGCUAUGUUGAUGUGAUGCCUGUGGAAGCCAAGAAAUACUACGUAGGCUCUCUCCACCAUGGAGUGCAGUCUGAGAGCUUGAAGAGCUCACGCGAAGGGCAUGCUUUCAGAGUUUUCGUAGUAAGACCUUGAAGCUUCAUAUUCUAUGCAAGAUACAGGAGGAUCAGAUUUCUUCUGGAAUGCAAGGAAAUUCUGUUGAUUUGUAUCCAGAAAUGGAGGCUGUCCGAAAAGAGCUACAUCAGCUAACAUUUUAAUGGACAAUUGUCAGCCCUUUUCAGGGAAAAGGGACGAGACUACAACUUCUUACUCCAGACUUGGCAAGUUUCAUUUUAUGCCAGGGUAUUUGACAGUGGAAUGUCUAAUUUAACAUUUUAUAGAUAAUUUCUUUAAAAAAGCAUUAAAAGCAAAAUAUUGUUAUUUCACAGCAGGUCUGGUUUAUCUGUAAUGAAAGAGUGAAUUAUCAGACUCGACCUUUAUUUUCAAGAUGGGGUUAUAUUAUUAAAACUCUUUUUUUACAUUAUUUAGAUACUUUGUUGUACAGUUUAUAUGGGAAAGAAAUGUGGAAUGUAAUGCCUUUUAUAUUGUUAAGCUUUGUCUAUAUUUGUUAUUGUUUGGCUAUGUGUAUAUCUGUAUACAUUUUAGCAAGAAGUAUGUUGUACACAGACUCCUAUUUCGAAAUUAUUACUAAGUAAUAAAUAAGAAUUUUUAAAGUUACAAUAUAAACUCUUGCUUCAUCAAAAGCAGUGUCAGAAGGUAUUUCAGGAUUGCAGGAAAAAGAAGAGUGUAAUACACUUAAAUGAUACCUGUUUUGUUUGUCAAGUUACUAUCAUUUGGCAGUCUUUAUAAACACCUCCGAUUAUAAUGAUUUAAUGCCACUGAACAUGUGUAAAGAAUCACCAUUAUUGGACUGAAUGCAAUGCUAACAAUGGAAAAUAACUGAAAUGAAAAAAACGUGACUUCUAGUUUGAACCUAUGCAAUGUCAUUCAUUAAAAAACAUGCUUUUUUUCUCAAGGGAAAAGGUUUUAAAUACAAAUUUUACAGUUUAUUUUAUUUACAAUAAACAGUUGAUUAUC